CAACCGAGGGACGGGUGGUGCCGCGCCGCCGCGCCGCAUCGUGACGUCAUCAGAGCGCGCCCGGCGAAGAGAGGGAGGGGAGGGGGGAGGCGCGCCGUGCGGGCCGGGUCCUCUCCCCGCGGCGCGGUGCCGGGCGCCAUGGCCCCCCCCAAGGACAUCAUGACCAACUCGCACGCCAAGUCCAUCCUCAACGCCAUGAACGCGCUGCGGAAGAGCAACACGCUGUGCGACGUCACGCUGCGCGUGGAGCACAAGGACUUCCCGGCCCACCGCAUCGUGCUGGCCGCCUGCAGCGACUAUUUCUGCGCCAUGUUCACCAGCGAGCUCUCAGAGAAGGACAAACCCUACGUGGACAUCCAGGGGCUGACGGCUUCCACCAUGGAAAUCCUGCUGGAUUUUGUGUACACAGAAACCGUUCACGUGACGGUAGAGAACGUCCAGGAGCUGCUCCCAGCAGCGUGCCUGCUGCAGCUGAAAGGUGUGAAACAAGCUUGCUGUGAGUUUCUAGAAAGCCAGCUGGAUCCAUCAAAUUGUUUGGGCAUUCGGGAUUUUGCUGAGACACACAAUUGUGUUGAUCUAAUGCAAGCUGCAGAGGUCUUCAGCCAGAAACAUUUUCCAGAGGUGGUUCAGCACGAGGAGUUUAUCCUCUUAAAUCAAGAAGAGGUUGAAAAGCUCAUCAAGUGUGAUGAAAUUCAGGUGGACUCAGAAGAACCUGUAUUUGAGGCCGUUAUAAACUGGGUGAAGCACUCGAAGAAGGACCGGGAGGCGUCGCUGCCGGAGCUGCUGCAGUACGUGCGCAUGCCGCUCCUCACCCCGCGCUACAUCACGGAUGUCAUUGACACUGAGCCGUUCAUCCGAUGCAGCCUGCAGUGCAGAGACCUCGUCGAUGAAGCAAAGAAAUUCCAUCUCCGUCCCGAGCUGCGGAGCCAGAUGCAGGGACCCAGGACCAGAGCCCGUCUGGGAGCAAACGAAGUCCUGCUUGUGAUCGGCGGCUUUGGCAGCCAGCAGUCACCCAUCGACGUCGUGGAGAAGUACGACCCGAAGACCCAGGAGUGGAGUUUCUUGCCCAGCAUCACCCGUAAGAGGCGCUACGUGGCGACCGUGUCCCUGCACGACCGGAUCUACGUCAUCGGGGGCUACGACGGCCGCUCGCGCCUCAGCUCCGUGGAGUGCCUGGAUUACACGUCGGAUGAGGAUGGGAUCUGGUACUCCGUGGCACCCAUGAAUGUGCGGCGCGGGCUGGCGGGAGCCACAACCCUGGGAGAUAUGAUUUAUGUUUCUGGUGGGUUCGAUGGGAGCCGGCGCCACACCAGCAUGGAACGCUACGACCCCAACAUCGACCAGUGGAGCAUGCUGGGAGACAUGCAGACAGCACGGGAAGGAGCGGGGCUUGUUGUGGCCAAUGGAGUUAUCUACUGCCUCGGUGGCUACGAUGGGCUGAACAUCCUGAAUUCUGUGGAGAGGUACGAUCCCCACACGGGACACUGGACUAACGUCACACCGAUGGCCACGAAGCGCUCAGGUGCUGGAGUGGCUCUGCUGAACGACCACAUUUAUGUUGUUGGUGGGUUCGAUGGGACGGCGCAUCUCUCCUCUGUGGAAGCCUACAACAUCCGCACCGAUUCCUGGACCACUGUAACCAGCAUGACCACCCCCCGCUGCUACGUGGGGGCCACCGUGCUGCGGGGAAGGCUGUAUGCAAUAGCAGGCUACGAUGGCAAUUCACUGCUGAGCAGCAUUGAGUGCUACGAUCCCAUCAUCGACAGCUGGGAAGUGGUGACUUCCCUGGGGAUGCAGCGCUGUGACGCCGGGGUCUGCGUCCUUCGGGAGAAGUGAUCUGGAGAGAGCUUACAAAGCACUUCCCCAGUACUGCCUGCUGCAAGAAGAGUCCCCAGUGAUUUGCAGUGACUGUUUUUGAGAGUUGCGGAUGCUGUGGAAGUAGGCACCAGAACGGCAGCUUUCUGUGCUGCUUUGACUAGAGCAUGUGCAUAAUCGUGUGAUCUCAGCAGUCAUUUGAAAUCGGGGGCUCUGUGUGAAGCUGGAGAAGGUGGUGAAGUGGGUCGACAGAAGCUGCAUUUUCUGCUGUUCCUGUGGCUCAUUUUCCCAGCAGAGCAGAGCAGCCCCCAGCUGGCAUCAGCCGGCCUGGUGAGCACAUGUGAGGACAUGCACACAGCUGGGUGGUUUCUGCGGCCGCUGCAGGACCGGCUGGGUGCUCCGGUUGCUCUCAGUCCCGUGGAUGCGUGCGGGUGGAAUCCAGCUGCUCUUCGUUCCCGCUUCCAAUCAUCCUGUACAUACUGAAUGUUCUCAACUCGUUCCUCAAGCACACGUCAGUGCAGAGCCAAACUGGACGAGCACGUGUGUGUGAGGGGUCCUGUGCUGCAGGUUCUGCACGCAAGGAGUCGCGGACUGAAGCUGUCAACUACUGAGACCCAAAAGCCUGAGGCUGCAGGGGCAGAGGGCAGGGAAAUCCACUGCCUGGCAUAAAGGCAGCGCUGUGGCAUUUGUGCUGUAAUGGCAGGGCUCAUCGCAUCGUACUUCCCUUGAAAAGCUUGACAGUCCCAGCUGCAAAGAGCUGCAGUUUCUGGCCACAGGAGCCCUGCUGCCAAAGGCAGUGCCUUUGCUCCCACCCCUGUGGGGAGGCUGAAGUGCAGCCCGAGGCCGGGGCACGGCGAUGCGGUUGCUCAGUCCCUGCUGAUGAACUGGUUCUUCCCUGGACCGCUGUCUGCCCGCUGCGCCCCCGUCAGGCUGUAACUCAAUUCAUGGUGUUGGUUUUCCUGUUGUUUAGGAUUUCCCUACUACCGGCCCUGUUUUGGAGUCACAUCCAGGGUUCUGUUUUGCCCCCACGUUCUCAGCUUUGCCCUCCCUGCCCCCCAGCUGUCCGCCGCCCGCCCCGCAGGCUGAGCCCCAGCACGGCGUCCCAUUGCCGGUUCCGGGAGCGCUCCCAGCACGGCUCCCAGCACCGCCCCGCGUUCCUGCUGCCCGCAGGCUCUCCUCUGCCUGAGCUCGUAGCGCUGCUCCUCGAGCUUACUGCUGGUCCCGGCUUGGGCACAGGGUGGGAGCAGGGACGUGGUAGCAUGACUUAAGUAUGCACUUUCAGCCAACGCUCUGACCUUCUGCGUUUGUUUCUAUUACACAAGUGUUCCGUGGUUUUGUUUCCUAUGUUUAUUUUUUAUUGAAAACAUAAAGAAUAAAAUAUUUCCUGAGCCAGAA